AGAAUGAUAUGGGAGGCCAAAGAAGCUUAAUCAACAAGUGGACAACUUUUCUGAAAGCUAGGCUUGUGUGUUCCAUACCUGGUCCUGAAGGGGCAGACACACAUUUCGAUGAGCUGCAAGAUAUAUUUUUACUUUCUACAAGAGAUGAGAGGAACCCACUUGUGUAUGGAGUCUUCACUACAACAAGCUCUGUGUUCAAGGGCUCUGCAGUGUGUGUGUACAGCAUGGCCGAGAUCAGGGCCGUGUUCAACGGCCCCUACGCGCACAAGGAGAGCGCGGAUCACCGCUGGGUGCAGUACGAGGGCCGCAUCCCCUACCCCAGGCCUGGCACAUGUCCAAGCAAAACCUACGAUCCGCUCAUAAAGUCUACCAGAGACUUCCCUGAUGAAGUCAUUAGCUUCAUUAGGCGGCACCCACUGAUGUACAAAUCAGUUUACCCAGUGACGGGAGCGCCGGUGUUCACGCGGAUCAACGUGGACUAUCGCCUCACUCAGAUUGUGGUGGACCACGUCAUGGCAGAGGACGGGCAAUAUGAUGUCAUUUUCCUAGGAACAGACAUAGGCACAGUCCUGAAGGUUGUGAGUAUCACAAAGGAGAAGUGGACCAAGGAGGAGGUGGUCCUGGAAGAGCUGCAGGUAUUCAAGCAUCCUUCAGUUAUCUCAACCAUGGAGAUUUCUCAGAAACAGCAACAAUUGUACAUUGGUUCCAGGGAUGGAUUGGUUCAGCUCUCUCUGCACAGAUGUCACACGUAUGGGAAGGCUUGUGCAGACUGCUGCCUUGCCAGAGACCCAUACUGUGCCUGGGAUGGAAACUCUUGUUCCAGAUAUGCCCCUACUUCUAAAAGGCGAGCCAGAAGGCAGGAUGUCAAGUAUGGAGACCCAGUUGCACAGUGCUGGGAUGUGGAAGACAGCAUUAGUCAUGAAACUGCUGAUGAAAAGGUGAUUUUUGGCAUUGAAUUUAAUUCAACUUUUCUGGAAUGUACUCCUAAGUCCCAGCAAGCCUCUAUUAGGUGGUAUGUUCAGCGCUCUGGAGAAGAACAUCGAGAAGAGCUGAAGGCUGAUGAAAGGAUCAUUAAAACGGAGCAUGGGCUGCUGAUCCGCAGCUUGCAGAGGAGGGACGCAGGAGCCUAUUUUUGCAAAGCCCAGGAGCACACCUUUGUCCACACCAUCGUGAAGCUGAAUUUAAACGUCAUCGAGAACGGACAGAUGGAAAGCACUCAGAAAACUGAGGACGAGGAGGGCCGGGUGAGGGAUUUGCUGACGGAGUCCCGGCUGAGGUACAAGGACUACAUCCAGCUCGUCAGCAGCCCCAGCUUUAGCCUGGAUGAGUACUGUGAACAGAUGUGGCACCGGGAGAAGCGGCGGCAGCGGAACAAAGGUGGUGCCAAAUGGAAGCAUGUGCAGGAGAUGAAAAAAAAGCGAAACCGAAGGCACCAUGAGCCAGCCAGGCCACCAUCGACGUAGUUUGUAAAUGCUAUUUAAAGAAAGGACAUUUUCCAUUAAAAAAAAAAAAUAAAAAUACUGUGUUCUGGUUUUGUGCAUCUUGCCUAUGAAUUAGUACUGCUUCUUCUCGAAAUCAGAAAACUUACCAUCACUAUUAAUCUGUGUGAGAAUGUACAGUUGGAUUCAAUGACAAAUGAUAUGUUCCUUAUUGGAAUGCCACAAGCCAGGCAAUAAUUUCAAAUGCAUUCAUUAAAAAAGAAAAAGUGUACACUUUUAGCUAAUUUCUGGGUAGCCUUAGAUGGUGUGAGCUGUGUUCUUUACUUCCUGCAUAAUUUUCACAUAGGGUUUAGUGUUUGUGUUCCCAUAUUAACAUUUGCUGCCACAUUCCACCCCAGAGGUGGCUACAUUUCAGGGGAAGGCAGAUGUACUUCUAGUUCUUUGGCAUCUUUCUGAAUAAGAAGCAUGGUAGAAAUGUGUGACAGAUCUGCAAAAAUACCCACUAAUUUACCCACUGGGCCUGUAUACAGGCACGCGGGUAGGGUUUGCUAGCACAGAGAGGCACAGCAAAAAAUCAAAUUAAGUUUUGGCUUAGGCACAGCAUUCGUUCUCCCCAUAGAAAAGAGAAAGUAUAAUCAUAGUUUAAGAGGGGGGAAUUACCAAGCAUUUCUCGUUAGUGUUUGAGUAGCCACCAGUUUGCAGUCCAUCUGCUGAAAGGAAAUGUUGACUCUAAUUGAAAUUGCCACCAAGAUGCUUGGGAGUAAAUUUCCUAAGUGGUCCAUGGGAGGUAUGUGCACAAAUUCUAUUAACAAAUAAUGGGACUCCUGCCUGCACCUCUCUUAUGUCUCUAAAGGUUUGACUCUGUUUCUCUGGCCCUUUGCUGGCUUGGUUUUAUGCAGAGGAAAAGAAAAUUAAAAGACAACAACAAGGCUAAAAUGAAAGACGAUGAGGGAAAUAUAUAGUGGCUGAGACCAGUGCUCUUGACACAGAGCUGACAUUCCUCAGAUGUGUGUAUUCUUUGGGAUUUUUUCUCAAAGGUCUUAUGUAUUUUUAAGUUGAAAAUUUGCAUUGUUGGAAUUAAUACUUUUAUUAUAAUUAAAUAAGAGAUGUCCACGUGUAAAUAAAACUUGUAAGUUAGAAAUUUGCUGUAUACCAUAAUUUCAUUUGUAAAGUGUUCCUUGUUCCUUGGUUUAUAUUUUGGGUUUAAUAAUGUAAAUUUUUACACCUAAGCAAGAAAUUCUGGCCUCAUCCUUGUCUGUUUUACAUCAAUAUUAUUCAAUUAAUUUUAUUCCUGAUAUGCAGCAACAAACACGAGCUCAAAAUCAGGCCUACUCUCUUCUCUUAUGAGUCACAGCCCCCCUCUCCUCUCUUCCAUCUAACCUCCCUCCGUUUUGCCUUUCACGCCUUUUUGAGUGUGAAAUGACAAAUUAGCCACUUCCUCACAUGGAAGACGGCUUUGAUGGAUACCAAAAUGACAGACUUUACUUGUUUCUCAUGCAUUCUACAGAUCUUGAGAGCAAAGUCUGUGGGAAACCCAUGCAAUUGAUGUGCACCUCAUUAAGGGACCAAAACUGUUGGCUCUGAAGCCCUUGCCCGUGCUGGUGUUUGCGUGCUCAUUCAGUCACAGAUCUAAAAUUGUGAAGGUCCAAUUUGCAUCGUUGUUCAUUUCCUCUGUGUUGAAAGUCGGAUAUGGCAAAGUGUUCGUCAGAUUUCAGAAAGGGAUCUCAGCUUACCCACAUUUCUUGUAAAACCCAAAAGCUGCAUUUGCAUGUGCUGUACAAAAGCCAGCGAUACCAUAUGUCAUUAAUUUUAGAUGCUUUUUUAAUAGGAGAUGUAUGAGUUAAUUAGGAGAUAUUAGAUAGCAUGCAUACAAUGCUUUGAUAGUGUAAAGCACCGAGUGCUAAAUAUUAUAAAAUACAUCUGUGGGGAGGAGGGAAUUUCUCAGCACAGGACCUUUAAUCAGCAGAAAGACUGAUGCUGAAGAUACUAACCAGUCAUACAGUACUUUGAGAACAUGCAGAGAACUUUUUGGCAUUUUUGCUGCAAAAUAAUGUAGACCAGGCAUUUCACAAGAGGCUCAUCAAUUUGGGUACCUUGAUUUUAGGGCCAAUUAAGACUACUUAGGGAAGGUAUGUGGGGUAUUAAACUACUAUGCAGGGAUACUUAAUAUUCUUGGCUGGAAGAUUAUGCUGUCACCAUACAGAACCUGCUUAGUUAUUCCUUAUUAGUUUUUUAUCAGUCCACAAAGUUCCAUUUUACUGGCUUGGGCGUAAGGGAAAUGAGUGGAACCACACCAAGGCUAUGGAAUGGCUGCAUUCACAGGCACUGGCAAAGGGUCCUCUCUUCUCAUCAGUGGUGACAUGGUACUUCAAUUGACAGCUCCCAUCACGUGUUUGCCUACUUCAUAAAAAAGCAAAGCAGGGUCUUUUUUCAUACUUUUUCUCCUCCAUGAAAACGAAAUAAUCUGAUUCUUUUUUUGGGUAUGAUUUGCAGUUUGUAUUCUACAAAUGAACCCCCCUCCAACUGACUUUAGUAGAAAUCUGGGAUAAGGGUCUCAGUACUGGGAACAUUCAAAUUAAAUGGUUGAAUUAAAAUGUUAUUGCUCUUAAAA